AUGGCCGGUGCGUUCACCAGCAACCACACUGCUGUUGCUGUGGCGCAGGUCGUUCCAUGCCUGCACGACCAGGAGACGGCGUUGCUUCGGCUCAAGCGGUCGUUUACCGCCACCGCCGACUCCAUGACGGCGUUCCAGUCAUGGAAGGUCGGCACGGACUGCUGCGGCUGGGCGGGCGUGCACUGCGGUGACGCCGACGGCCGCGUGACUUCGCUCGACUUGGGGGAUUGGGGUUUGGAGAGCGCAGGUAUUGAUCUUGCGCUCUUUGAUCUAACCUCUCUCAGGUAUCUCGACCUAAGCUGGAACAAUUUCAAUACGCUGGAACUCCCGUCGGUCGGGUUUGAACGAUUGACUAAUCUUACCACCCUCAACCUCUCCAACGCCAACUUUUCUGGCCAAGUUCCUGACAACAUAGGCCGUCUCACGAAUUUGGUUUCUCUCGACCUCUCCGUUUCUCUUGAACUCCAGGAGAUACCUGGCGUUGGCUAUACUAUUAACACAAAGAUGGGCGAUGACAUUAUGCAGCUAGCCAUGCUAAACUUUACGUCCUUCUUAGCAAACCUCGGUAGUUUGAGGGAGCUUGAUCUUGGUUAUGUCGACCUGUCUCAGUCGGCAGACUGGUGUGAUGCUCUAUCCAUGAACACUCCAAAUCUUCGUGUCCUUAAGUUGCCCUUUUGUGGGCUAUCAAGCCCAAUCUGUGGAACACUCUCUACUUUGCACUCACUAUCUGUGAUUGACCUACAGUUUAAUGAUUUGACUGGUCUAGUUCCGGAUUUCUUUGCCAACUAUUCCUUCCUCAGUGUUCUCCAGCUUAUGGGCAAUACUGAACUUGAAGGUUGGAUUUCUCCUAAAAUAUUUGAACUUAAGAAAUUAGUGACUAUUGAUCUUCGCUAUAACUACAAAAUAUCUGGUAGCCUUCCAAAUAUCUCAGCUAAUAGUUGUCUACAGAAUUUGUUUGUUCAUGAGACUAACUUUUCUGGUACAAUACCAAGUUCCAUUGGCAAAGUCCAGUCUUUGAAGAGGCUAGAUCUUGAUGCACCUGGGUUUUCUGGAAAUCUGCCCUCGUCAAUUGGCGAGCUCAAAUCCUUGCACACACUGAAGAUAUCAGGUUCAGAUCUAGUAGGAUCUAUACCCUCAUGGAUCACAAAUUUAACUUCCUUGGAGGUUCUUCAAUUUUCUCGAUGUGGUUUAUAUGGACCAAUACCUUCUUCAAUAAGUCAUUUGAUCAAACUAAAAACAUUAGCAAUCAGGCUAUGCAAAGCUUCAGGGAUGAUACCUCCACAUAUCUUAAAUAUGACGGGAUUAGAAGAACUCGUCCUUGCUUCAAACAAUUUCACAGGGACGGUGGAACUUAACUCGUUUUGGAGACUACCAAACCUAUCCCUAUUAGACCUGUCAAACAACAAUAUAGUUGUACUUGAGGGACAAGAUAAUUAUUCAAUGGUAUCCUUCCCUAACAUAAUGUACUUAAAAUUGGCAUCAUGUAGCAUCACUAAGUUCCCUAGCAUUCUAAAGCAUCUAAAUGGCAUAAAUGGGAUUGACCUCUCAAAUAACCGAAUGCAUGGGGCCAUACCCCGGUGGGCAUGGGAAAAAUUGUCGACAAAUUGCGGCCCAAACGGUGGCCUCUUCUUUCUAAAUUUUUCACACAAUAAUUUUACUAGUGUUGGCUACAACACCUUUCUUCCUAUUUUUUCAAUAGUUCUAGAUCUCAGCUUUAACAUGUUUGAGGGGCCAAUACCCCUACCCCAAUAUUCUGGACAAGUGCUUGACUACUCUAGCAACAUGUUUUCAUCCAUGCCACAAAAUUUUUCUGCUCAACUUGGAAAAUCUUACGUUUUCAAGGCCUCUAGAAACAACCUUUCAGGGAAUAUUCCAACAUCUUUUUGUGUGGGUCUUGAAUUCCUUGACCUCUCUUACAAUACCUUUAAUGGUUCAAUUCCCUCUUGCCUAAUGAAGGAUGCCAAUCGAUUGAGAAUUUUAAAUCUCAAAGAAAAUCAACUUGACGGAGACAUUCCUGACAACUUCAACAAAAUAUGUACUCUUAACUUUCUAGACAUAAGUGAAAAUAUGAUUGAUGGGCAGUUGCCUAGAUCUCUAACAGCUUGCCAACGUUUGGAGGUCCUUGAUAUAGCAAGUAAUGAGAUUACUGGCUCUUUUCCAUGCUGGAUGAGUACACUCCCUAGACUUCAAGUUGUCAUCCUAAAACACAACAAGUUCUUUGGAUUGGUGACACCAUCUAGCACCAAAAACAAAAUAACUUGUGAAUUUCCAAGCAUACGAAUUUUGGAUAUAUCUUUCAACAACUUCUCAGGCACGCUCAACAAGGAAUGGUUUUCAAAAUUAAUGAGCAUGAUGGUCAAAGUUAGUAAUGAGACGUUGGUGAUGGAAUAUGGCGCUUAUCAAAACGAAGUAUACCAAGUUACCAUUGAACUUACAUACAAAGGGUCAGAGCUCCAAUUCGAUAAGAUAUUGAGGACCCUUGGAUUCCUUGAUGUCUCAAAUAAUGCUUUCCAUGGAAGCAUCCCUGCAUCUCUUGGUGAACUUGUUUUGCUGGAUGUGUUAAACAUGUCACACAAUUCAUUCACGGGACCGAUUCCAUCUCAGUUUGGCCAUUUGACACUCUUGGAGUCUUUGGAUCUAUCAUCCAAUGAGCUUUCUGGGGAGAUCCCAUUGGAGCUAGCAUCAUUGGACUCGCUUACAACAUUGGACCUGUCCAAUAACAAGUUAGUGGGAAGCAUACCAGAAUCACCCCAUUUCUCAACAUUCUCCAACAGUUCAUUUAUAGGAAAUAUUGGUUUGUGCGGACCUCCAUUGUCCAAAAAGUGCGUCAACACAACGACAACAAAUGUGGCAUCACAUCAGUCCAAGAAGAAAUCCGUAGACAUUGUAAUGUUUCUCUUUGUUGGAGUGGGAAUUGGUGUCGGGUUUGCAAUUGCAGUUGUUUGGGGAUGUGGAAUCCCCAUCAGGAAACGACGAUCUUAAAAGUCCAAGAAGCACUCAUGUAUGUAUGCAUUCAGGAUGAUAUAAAGUAGCAUGUUUGCGGUUACUCGCAAUCAGGGAGGUGUAUUAUUGUAACAUGAGAUUUUGUCAUGUGCACACAAAGGCUUGUGAGCAGAUGUUUGUAUUAUUAAUUGCAGUUGUUUGUAUUAUUAAUUGUAGUGUGACUUACUGGAGCUAU